CAUUUACAGUUCAAACAGUUACAGUAACUUAACGAGCGCUUGCGCUGUUGUCGCCACUCAAGUCAUCCAGCCAUCACUCUCACAACAAAUGGGCUCCGCGUGCUCCUCCGAAUUCCACAUCUCUAGCCCAUGUCGUAAGUCUGCUGAUGCUAUCCCAGGGAUUCCAUUUCUGGAAUUCCAGCGCGACAUCAACUUGAAUUUCCCAGGGUGCCUCAUCGGCAUCUCUCCCCCGGAGUCGCGUCGCACCAUGCCCGUGCCACGGCGUGAGACAUGUGAGGCCACGCUCCUGGCUAUACAAGACCGGGUUGCCCAAGUCGUCGCAAGCAAAUCGGAUGCCAAGGAACUACAAGCUUCCAACAUUGUUGUGUGGUCCGAGCUCGUAAAGAUGCGCAUGGCUUCGGGCCGGCGCACCCGCUGGAUGAUAUGCUGGUGCAGCCGCCAGCCGGACGUGAUGUAUGCGAUCGAUCAGGCGGACUCAUGGUUUGUUUGCGUUGCUGCGCUGCCGCGACCGGACAGCCCUAUGUGGAGUUCUGGUGCCACUACCGGUACUCAUGUCACGGCAAAGGUAUCAAAGGUCGUGAAGUUCGACGGCCUGGAGUAGUGAAGUAGGACUUACAGACUAUCAAUAUUAUAUUGACUAUGCUAGCACGUGUACGUCAGUAAGCUCCUGAGAUGGUUCGUCUGGGGAUUUUGGUAGCCUGAGGCGGCCUGCUGGGGACUAAACGGUAUGAAGAACCGUAUGUGACACAGCCAGCUAAACAUGCGUGCGUGAGUGGUAGAGGCCAGGAAAGCUGGCUGAAUUGUACGCACAUUCCGAGAUGGACCAAGCACGCGGCCGCACCGGCGUGCACGCUCGCAUGCCGCAGUGCACAUACCAUGCAUGCACCUGCUGCCAUGCUGCUUGCUGUAAACUUCGUUGGUU